AUGGUACAGAAUAGCAGAUCGCUCUUUUUUGUUGGGUGCGAUUCUUAUAAGGAAAGUCCGUCCAUUUCCCCGAUAAGACUGGACGACUUGGAUGAAACUAAUGAUACGCCAGAUGAGGGUUUGGCCCUCGGUGAUAGUGUAGGACUCACGUCUCAAGCGCGAGAAAGGAGUUCUCGAGCAUUUAAAAUCGAAGAUAGCGGUGUGGAAAAUGGCUUGCAUUUGGAUGAUCUUGACAUGAUCGCACUGAAUACAAAGUUCGAUGUGCAAAUGGAGAUGGGCUCACCCAUGGCGGUGCCGCCAGAAACACUACCGCCUCUCAAACCCUUAACAGCCACGGAUCUUGCUUAUUCGUCUCUGGCCCACCUUCCAAGUUAUUUCUUCGAGCAAACACGUUUCCGUAUCGAGCGUAAAUGUUUAUUGGAAAUGUGUAAGUUGAGACGGAAUUAUCUCAUUAUAAGUAAACAAGAUGCUUUGGCGUGUUCUCGACUACAUCCAAAACAGCAUGGAAAACAUCUUAAUCCCGUAAAAGAAAAGGCAUCAGGAGUACCUCACCUUCUUGACCUCGGGGAAGAGAACAUCUCAGGCCCCCCCUGGGACAUUGCCCACAUAAGUGAAUUGUGCAAUGGCCAGGUAAGUGUUCCCACUUUCAAAGAUUUUAAACAGAAUUUUGAAUGGUGCAUAAGGAUCAUUCGGGACAGAAACCUGUCGAUAUUCAGUGAGAAAAGACUACAAUAUCUUUUGAAUAAGUUCCCCGUUUUCCAAUAUUUGCACUCCAAAGAGGAAACCAGACAAAACAAGAAGGUGCCUCAUAAGGAUUUUUAUAACUGUAGAAAGAUUGAUCUGAAUCUUUUAUUAAGCGGCUGUUUUUCACAAUGGCAACUAACUGAAUUUAUUUGGGAUAAAUUGAGAAAAGAGCCACACAAAGUCAUCUAUCAAACCUCCAAGGGUAAGCAUACAACCUUGAGUCAGUUGUUUAAGGUGGAUUUUGUGGAGACAAAUCAGUUUUCGAAUGGGUUGAAAAUCAUUGAUGAUUCAUUUCUAGAAUGGUAUAAAGUUAUUUAUCUUGCCAAAUACCAUUUAAUUAAUAAUGAACCUGAAACGUACAUAGACGCACGCGAUAAACAGUUUCGGCACUAUUUGAUCGCGAAGACGUUUUUGGAGUUUGAUAACUAUAUCAACGGUGAAUAUCUAGCGGAAUUACUACGAAAGUUUCUAAUAAAACCACAGGAGACCUCUAAAUAUCAAUUGUGUCAACUUUCCGUGGACUUCCAAUUUUAUUUGCAUUACGGUAACUCGGACGUGGAUAAUUGGUGGAUGGUCUUUGCCAAUUGGCUGAGCCACUAUAAUCUAUUUUCUAACAAUAUUCGUUGGAAUAUUAGAAUUUCCAGAAUAUAUCCAGAAUUGUAUCAUACCGGUAAGAUCCAAAAUUUCCAGGAUUAUCUGAAUUUGAUCUUCAGUCCACUUUUCAACGCCCAAAAAUAUCCCCACAAGUCACUGGGGCCCAUUCUUUCCAGAUUUCUCUCACAUAUAGCUUCAUUUGAUCUAUGUGUACAAAAUUCAGAUAACAGUAUGUGGAAACAGUUCACAACCGUCGAUUGCUCGCCACAAGAUUGGACAUCCAGCGGCGAUAAUCCGACCAUAUCACAGUAUAUGUAUUACGUUUAUGCCAACUUGGCAAAAUUAAACCAUAUUCGCCAGGCACUUCACCAAAACACUUUCACUCUACGGAGUUCAUGUUCAUCCACUUCAAUAAACCGGACUUCACAAUUCAGCAAUACUCUAAGCUUUACAGAACACACAGAAAUUAUUCUAAACAAUUUUCUGUUGGCCAGCGGGGGGUUCUUGAACGGAGAAAACCUUCGGAAUGCGCCGCCAUCCCUGGUGUAUCUGUUCUAUCUGACUCAAAUCCCCAUGGUCGUGGCGCCUCUAAACUCCAUAGUAGAUUCGAAGGCCGCGACAAUACAGGACCAGGCCCCCAUGGGCCUGGUCCUAGAACCUCCAAAACCCUACAAGAAAAACCCCUUCAUGAAAUUUUUUGAAAUGGGGUUCAAGAUAUCGCUAAGCUCAGAAUCUAUCCUCUACAACCAUUCAUAUACAAGAGAGCCCAUCAUCGAAGAGUAUAGCGUGGCAGCGAGUAUAUACUGUCUGCAUUCCGCAGAUUUGUGCGAAUUGCUGAGAAACAGCGUUAUAAUCAGUGGGUUUGCGAGUACUCUCAAGACCAAAUGGCUCGGCAUUUCUCUGACUCCCCAUCACCAUUUAGUGGAAAACAUCGGAUUUGUGGACAAUUGGUACGACUGCAAAUCUAAUACUAGUCUGGAUCACAACGUGCCCUCCAUCAGACGUCAAUACCGUAGUAGUACUCUUGCAAGGGAAUGGAAACUUGUAAUUGCGUAA